AUGCUGGGUCGAUUAAUAGGAUGGGUUCUCCUCCUCUUCGGUUUUGAAACUUGGUAUAUCCCCCUCAUUCAACCGCAGGAGCGUUUGCGGCCCGACCACCGGCCGUGGCAGGAUAUCAUCACUGGUCUAUACGGCGUCCCUCCUCUCUUGAAGAUCCAUGACCGCGACGGGGACGUGAAAUGGAGCUUCACGCGCAAGGACGUCACCCAGAAUCUGCCCCCGGGACUACAGAAAUGUCUCUAUAGCAAUGCAAACGAUGCGACCGAAGUUAAAUGGAUGAAUAAUGGCACUAGUGUCGGUGCUAUCUACAGUGACCUGGCUCUCGUCAUCAACUAUACCCCAGACAACCCGGGAACCGACAAACUUAUUACCUUUGCUGUCUGUCUAGAUACUGUGCUCCUUCGAAAUGCGCAUACGGUAGAGCCAUUGCCGGGACAGCGAUUCGCUAUCGCGACCACCGGCCAACGACCCUGGGACGGUAUCCUCGUGUAUAACGCUAGCGCCGGCAAUGCACUUACUGACGACCCUCCUAUUAUUCAAAACAUCACUGGCCUACGCGCUAUUCACGGCAUGAUCUGGGACGAACAAGGCCAGAUGUUAUGGGCGGCUGGAACAGAUGCCGCCGCGGACGGAUCCGAUCUAAUUUCAGCAUACGGGACUAUCGUUGGCUAUCCUUGGAAUGCUACAACUGGCCUACUAAAUAAGGAUAAUCGAAAAAUCUAUAAAAUACCGGAGGCGUACCACCUCAUGACCGAAUGGGGUCAAGGGUAUCCCUGGUGGGCCGGUUUACACGAUCUCGUGCCCGUCCCCAAUCAGCGCAAGUUCCUAGUUUCGGAAGACCGCGGUCUGCAUGCUUUCGAUAUCGAGCUCGGCCAGUUUACCGAGCAUUAUGAGAACGUCACCGAUAGAUAUAUGCAAGGAUUUGAGUGCACCACCGACGAUCGCUACGGUUAUAACAGCGACGGAGAGUGGCAGGAGCUGCCGCAGUCGGACUUGAAGAGUUUCAGUCUCGCGUCUGAUGGAAGCUUCAUUUAUGUGCAGUCUUUGUGGAAAAAGUUCCGUGGCUUCCAUACCAGCUUGGUGGUCAACGGAAAGCGACGCAAGAUCAAUAUCGGCGAUGAGAUCUACCGAUCGCGCUGGUAUGGAGAUAUCGAUGGCUGGCCGAAGCCCAAGUUUUAA